CUCUUCAUCAUCACAUCCAUGUUGUCUGACCGGAGGAUGAGUCGGUAGGAGGCUAACGGCUAACGUCACGGAGCGGCGGCACCGGCCCGGUUCUUCAUGUCCCUUCAUGUUCUGACGUCGUCCAGUGGAGCCGUUACCUUCACCAACCGGUCCGGACUACACAUGGCUGCGGGUCGGUGCUCGGCCGGGUUGCCCGGGUAGCUCGGCGGGGAGAUGCCGCAGCUAGCCGCCGUUAGCUCCGCAGCUGUUUGUGUCUGUGGCUGUUAUGUAACGGAGGUAGCCGACAGCUAACGUUAGCCGCCGCCAUGAACGACGCGCAGCAAGAAAUGUCUCCGGACUUCGUCCUGAUGCGGCUCGUGUCCGCCGCCGAAUACGACCGGCUGGACGAGCCUGACGACCUGAUGUCCGGAGGCGGCGGCUUCGGGCCCGUCAAAGCAGCGCUGGGACACCGCGGCGGCGGGUUCGAGCUGGAUUCCAGCGGCCCCUCGGCAGGCCUCGGCUCGGCAUCCCCGCACUAUAGCUCACCGCUCCCCGGGAAGGGAGAGCUGGAUGGCGGGCUGGUGUUGUCGCAGGCCUCGCCGGGCUCCGAGGCGCCGCUCUCCCCUCCGCCGCCAGAGGACUUUGCCGUAGCGGCCCAGCGGUUUGUGGAUUUCCCAGUGCCGCACGGCCAGCUCGGGGGGCCCGGGUCCAGGGCGCAGCUGAUGGUGUUCCAGAACCUGCUGCGGUCCGGAGACCGGAUUCUGGAGUGCGGGCUGGAGCAGCCACCCCCGAGGUUCCUGCAGGAGGAGCAGAGACAGCAACGCGACCCGGACUCAGGGACCGGUCCUGGAGGUACCACGGCCGGGCCCGGAGGCGGGAGGGACCAGAACUCCCACUGCAUCCCCCCUACAGAGGACAGCCUGCAGUCACAGCCACAGCUCCUGCAGUGGCACCCUGUCCUCCGGCUGUCCAAAAGCACUGACGGCUCCCAGAACCCCCAGCAGGGCGUCCCGGCUCUGGACUCUGAUCCCGGGUCCGUCCUGUGCCACAGACACCGUCUGCUGACAGACCGGCUGGCCAAGUGGCCCCCAGGCCUGCUGGACCAAGCCCUGCGUGUAGGGCUCCUGGAGCCCAGGAAGAACUGCCCUUCAGGGGGCGAGGACCCGGUUCUGGCUCUGGCCCGGAGGCUGGGUCAGCUGGGUGAGGGGAGGGAGGGAGGUGGAGGGGAGGACACGGUGCUCCCCCUCCCUCGCUGCUCCUGCCACAGCAUCCUGGCACCGGGCCCGGGGGGCAUGGGGCCCGGCGAGGAUCCGAGUGAGACCAGCGACGCCCUGCUGGUCCUGGAGGGUCUGGGGUCCGAGGAGGUGGGAGGCCUGGGGCGGGGUGGGGAUGGUGAGGAAGCUGACAAAGGGGAGGUGGGGGGGGUUGGUGUUCUCCCUGGGGGGGCAGGGCCGGUGUUCUCCAGUGGAACCCUGAGCGGUCUGAUGCGGCAGGUCCACCGGCUGGCGGAGGAGGCAGGGGUUUGCACCGACCAGACCUGCCGCUCCUCGCUGGCCGUCCUCCCCCCCCAUAGCUCUGCCUCCUGCCCCUACCCCCCUGUCUGCCCCCAGGCCCCCCAGGCCGCUGCCACCCUCAGCGGGUUCCAGCCGUCCCCUGAUCCCCUCCUCACCUCUGGCCCUGACCCGGCCCCCCGCCCACAGCAUCAGCACCAGUCCCGUUCCCAGCCGCAGAGUCGGGCUGCCACCCCCAAGCUCGGCUUGGCCUCUGGGGGGCCGGGCCGGGCCGCCUCCCCCCUGGUGGUCCUGGAGGGUGAGGUGGGGGGAGGAGGAUUAAGGGAUGGGGAGAAGACACCACGGGGGAAGUCCAGGAAGGGGGGCUCCCUUAAGGUCCGACUCAGCAAACUGUUCAGAACCAAGAGCUCCAGUGGCGGGUCAGGGGGGCUGCUCGACAAGAGGCCGUCCCUAGCUUCAUCCACCUCAUCUGGGGGGAGUCUGCUGGACGUGUGGGGGUCCACCUGCAGCAACACGGAGCAGGACAGCAGCAGGCUGCAGGUUUCCAGACCUCACAGUGCCUUCUCUCCGGUGCCCUUCACUCCUGCUUUCACCGGUGAGACGGUGUCUCUGGUUGAUGUGGAUAUUUCUCGCAGGGGUGGGAGCUCCCUACACCCUCCCACUCCCCCUCCUCCUCCCAGGCGGAGCCUCAGUCUUCUCGAUGAUUUCGGGGGUCCUCCUCAGCAACAGGGGCCCUUCAUGGAGCGCAGCGUUGGGGCCUCCAUGCAGUCUCUGCCUCCCCGGCCGAUGGCGCUGCCCCCCUCCCUCAGUACCAUCCAACACAGCCUGAGCCUCAACGACACCUUCCUGAGAGGUUUACCCCGACCGGUACCGCUACGACCUGACGGCCACCCACCGCCCCGACUCGCCCCCCGAUGCCCCCUCAGUCGACCCGACGCCGGCAGCUUCGCCACUAGCCUCAGAGAGCUGGAGAAGUGCGGCUGGUACUGGGGUCCGAUGAACUGGGAAGAUGCAGAGAUGAAGCUGAAGGGGAAACCAGACGGUUCUUUUCUGGUCCGGGACAGUUCAGACCCUCGGUACAUCCUGAGUCUGAGCUUCAGGUCGCAGGGCGUCACGCACCACACACGCAUGGAGCACUACAGAGGAACCUUCAGUCUGUGGUGUCACCCUAAGUUCGAGGAUCGAUGUCACUCUGUGGUGGAGUUCAUAGAAAGAGCCAUCAUGCACUCCAAGAAUGGGAAGUUUCUCUACUUUCUGCGUUCACGAGUCCCAGGUAAGCCCCCCACCCCGGUCCAGCUCCUAUAUCCUGUCUCCAGGUUUAGCAGCGUUAAAUCUCUUCAGCAUCUCUGUCGCUUCUGCAUCCGGCAGCUGGUCCGAAUCGACCACAUCCAGGAGCUGCCGCUGCCCACGCCUCUGAUCGCCUACCUGAGGAAGUUCUACUACUACGACCCGGAGGAGGAGAUCAGCCCGACACUGAAUGAGCUGAAGGAACCCAGGGAGAUGAAGGAGCCGAGCCCUGAUCAGAGCAGCCAGCCGGGGGUUGAGUCUCAGACGUAGCACUGGAGCCCAGAGACAGCAUCUUUUCUUUUCUUUGUUUCUUGGACUCUGAAGGACUUUCAAACUGCAGCCAAUCAACUCAUUCUGCUCAGUCCUGUAUCCGGGCGGGUUUCAGAUGAUCCGUCCUCUUCCGGGCUCUCUGAUUGGCUCACGGGGAGCCGCCAGGGGAGGGACAGGGGAUGUGGAGACUCCGCCUCUCUCUGAUGUCAUCACUGAGCAGCUGGACUGAAGGACGUUAGCAAAGACGCUAAAAUCUCCAAAAGAGCCUCAGUGAGGACCAACCGUGGCUCUCGUCCGGGAUCAUGUGACCUCCAACGGCCAAUCGAACGUGGCUGCAGUUUUACUGCAACAACAGAACCGAGUCAGAACUCCAAAAAGAAUCCAACUCAGAGUCCACGAGACACUUUCAGAGUGGAGCUGUCCAAAAAAACACAACAAAAUUAUAACAAAGAGACGAACAAAAUGUCGAAAUGACACCAAUUUGAUCUAAAAUGACCACAGAGUCCAAAUAAUGACUAAAAGACAAACACAAAGAGACGUUAAAUGACUACAAAUACAUUAAAAGCUACAAUGAGACAUAAAAUGACAAUCAAAGACACACAAACCAUCUGAGUACUAAAAAACUGUAACUUGCAGAAUAUAUUCAUUGACCAAUCAAUAAAAAUAAUCCACAGGUUUUAUAGUUGAUGAAGAAAAAGUGAGUCUUUUGGGGGAUUUUGAACUUUUGGUUGAACAAAACGGGCAUUUAAAAAGUUUACAGGCUCAGAUUUACUAAUAAUCAGAAUAAUCAACAGAAUCAGCAGAAUGUGAACUGCAAUGAAAAGCAACAGAACGUCUCCAGUUAGUCUGAAAACUAAUAAACUUCAGUGGCUAGUUGAUGCUAGGUGUUAGCUUUAACAGUGGAGCAGCCAUGUUUUUAAUUUAUCAACAUCUGAAAAGUGUUUUUUGAAGAGCUGGACACGCCACAGAAUAACAGUUCAGUCCGUGCUGCUCUGCUAACAGAGCUCCUGCAGCCUCCAACCAGUUUCAUUUUGCGGAAGAAGUUUGUUGUGACUCAUAUUUCUUUGAAUGCUGAAGAAAAUGUUUGAUAAUCAAAUAAUUGAGGCAGUUUUUUUUGGAAAACCUGUCGAGAAUCGGUUUCUUUUCUUGAUUGAAAACUGAAGUUUUCAUAAUUUCCUCUUCUUUUGCUGUAUAAAUAUUAUAGUUUGAAAAAACGCAGCCUAAACUGGAAAGUCUUGGCUUCGCGUCUCAGAUGUUCAAAAAGACGUCGUCUUGGUUUAUCAAGCACCAAUUGAAAAUCUAAAUGUUCAGUUUCUCACCUGAAAAUAAAAAUGUGCAGUUUGGACUCUGAGUUGGACCAAAGCUUCAUCACUGAUCAGUGACGAGGCCGAAAUAUCUGGAGAACAUCUGGAGAGUGUGGGAGGCGGAGUCUGAAUGCAGAUAUAGAUGUUACUGAUACUGUCACACAGCAGGAUGUUGGGUUCGUUUAAAGUGCUCCAGAUAGUGAUUGUUAUCAUUGAUUGUUUUCUGGAUGAGUCGAUCAGCUGUUUGGUUCUAAAACAUCAGAAAAUGUUUAAAAUGUGGAUCAGCGUUUCCUCAAAUGUCUUGUGUAGUCCAAAGAUCUUCAGUUUACUGUCAUAAAGGAAAGAAAAUAUUCACAGUGAAGAAGCUGAAAUCACUCACUGGAGAUUAAUUUAAUAUUUAAAAACUAAGUUUUUCUGGAGAAUCUAAAUAUUUCCUCUGAUGUCAGGUUUGAAAUGAGCUGCUAGCAUGUCAGACUCCGCCUACUUUCACAGCUGACCAAUCACAGCACAGCAACGGUGCUGGGUCACAUGGCUCUGGUCGGGUUUCAUCGUACCUUCCGACAGUCCGUGGGAGGAAACGGGAUCCUGGAGGUGACGCCGCUCAGCUACCAAAAAACAAAGGAGAGUAGCGUUACCGUGACGACUACUGAACUAGGAGGCUUCACUGGGAACACUGGAGCCCUGAGGGUCUCCUCCAUGAUGUCAAAGUGGACACAUGAGUGAUGUAUGUGCUCACUGAAGGACCAAUCAGUCACCUGUCAAUAAAACAGUGGGCGGGGCUGACGGUACACCUGUCUGAAAAAAAAAACCCACCCUGAUUCUGACCCUCAAACGCCUCACCGAUGAAGGUUUCUGGUUUUAGUCGCCUGCUUCACUUUGCUUUUUUUUUUUCAUUUGAACAACUUUUACAUUUGUUUUACUUCAGUUUGAUGAAAAAACUGCAAAAAAAUCUGAAGAAUAUUUCAGUAAAAUCAAAUAAUUUAAACAGUGAAAUGUAAAAAUCAGAUCCUCCCCAUUUUUAAUCUAUUAACUUUAUUAAUCAUCAAAGUUUUGCCUUUAUACUGUGAAUAUAUCCAAAGUUCCAGGCCCUUGAAUUACAUAAGGGCAGGUAGGAUGAAGAAUACAUUUGAGUUCUGGUAAAAACUGACACCAGAUCCCCACCAAAAAUGGUACAUUUACCAUUAACAUUACUACAAAGAGAGGUGAAACUGAUGCAGAAAGAUGCACAACAAGAUAAAAAAUCACCACAAAAAUACGUAUGAUCACUACAAAGUCACCCAAAAUCAUUACAAAACGAUGCAAAAUCGCAACCAAAAUGCGUAAAAUUGCCACAAAAAUAACUGUGACCGUCAGUAUUAUGGGAUGUGUUGUGGUGUGAACAGUAAAGCUGCAGCAGUUAAUGUCUGACAGAGACGUAAAAACAAUCAUCGGUACCCUG